UCUCCGCGCGUCGCGGCGUUCGAACGUGUUCAGUGUUGGAUUUACCAUUGUUUCGGUGUAUUGUUUGAAACACGCUCAGCUGAUCAAUGACAUAACUAUACGCUUCUAUACAGCGUUACCUGUAGAGAAAAUAAAAAACACAAGAGUGCGUUCGCGUGUUCGAUCUCCAGGAACUAAAAAGGAGUCAUCUGUAAAUAUAAGCGUCGCGGAGGACCGACCAAACGCGUGUGACUGAUCGAUACUUUUAAAUGAUAACAUGGUUUCAAUUAGGUGUUUUAGAAGACGGUGAGAUAGUGUGACUGUGGAAUUGUGUUGUGUCGUGAAUUUAAUUCAGAGUUCGCUUAAAGAGAUGCGGUUAUCACAGUAAGCAUGUGGGCUGUGCUUCUGGGCGUGGCGUGCGUGGCGAGCGCGGGCGCGCUGCAGCCGCGGUGCGAGGAGAUCACCAUACCCAUGUGCAGGGGCAUCGGGUACAACCUCACGUCGUUCCCCAACGCGCUAGACCACGACACGCAGGAGGAGGCUGGACUUGAGGUGCACCAGUACUGGCCGCUCGUAGAAAUCAAAUGCUCAGCCGACCUGAAGUUCUUCCUAUGCUCCGUGUACACGCCGAUAUGUAUAGAAGACUAUCCCAAACCCCUCCCGGCCUGUCGCAGCGUCUGCGAGCGCGCGAGGGCCGGCUGCGCGCCUCUCAUGCAGAAGUACGGCUUCCAGUGGCCCGAACGCAUGGCCUGUGAGAAACUGCCCCGCCAAGGAGACCCGGACCGCCUCUGCAUGGAAGAGACCGACCGCGCGCAAGAACCGGAGCCGCCGCGACCGCCACCGCGCAGGCCCUACAAAAACCACUGUAAGGAUCCAAAAAACUGCGAAAGCGGCCCGGCUGCAAGCCCGGGCGAGGGCACAAGCGAGGAGUGCGCGUGCGCGUGCCGGCCGCCGCUGGUCAGCGUGCGAACGCUACACAACGCCAGCGCCACCACGGGCGGCGUGCCGGCCUGCGCGCUGCCGUGCCGCGGCGCCUUCUUCACGCGCGAGGAGAAGGAGUUCGCGGCGGUGUGGGUCGCGCUCUGGGGCGGCCUCUGCGCGGCUUCCACUUUAAUGACUCUAACCACAUUCAUCAUUGACUCGCAACGCUUCAAGUACCCGGAGCGCCCGAUCGUCUACCUCUCCGCCUGCUACUUCAUGGUGGCGCUGGGCUACCUCGCGCGGCUCGCCAUAGGACACGACGAGAUCGCGUGUGACGGCGCCCUGUUGAAGACCUCGUCGAACGGCCCCAGCGCCUGCACCCUAGUCUUCAUUCUGGUGUAUUUCUUUGGCAUGUCGUCAUCUAUUUGGUGGGUGGUGUUGUCGUUCGCCUGGUUUUUGGCCGCUGGACUGAAAUGGGGCAACGAAGCUAUUGCGGGACAUGCGCAAUACUACCACUUAGCCGCUUGGUUGAUACCCGCAGCGAAGACUGUCGCGGUUCUUCUAGCAGGCGCCGUAGAUGGUGAUCCAGUCGCUGGAAUAUGUUACGUCGGAAACACAUCUUCAGAAAACUUAAAACGAUACGUUCUCGCGCCGCUCAUAGUGUACUUCGCUCUCGGAGCAACGUUCCUGCUCGCCGGCUUCGUAUCGCUAUUCAGAAUACGCUCAGUGAUCAAGCGGCAGGGCGGCGUCGGCGCCGGCUCGAAGGCGGACAAGCUGGAGAAGCUGAUGAUCCGCAUCGGCGUGUUCAGCGUGCUGUACGCGGUGCCGGCCGGCGUGGUCAUCGGCUGCUUCGCGUACGAGGCGGGCGGGCGCGAGGCGUGGCUCAAGCGCGUGGCGUGCGGCCCCGCGUGCGGCGGCAAGCCCAUGUACUCCGCGCUCAUGCUCAAGUACUUCAUGGCGCUGGCCGUGGGCAUCACGUCGGGCGUGUGGAUCUGGUCGGGCAAGACGCUGGACAGCUGGCGGCGCGUGUGGCGCGGCGGGCGGGCGCCGGGCCACCGCGCGCUCGUCAAGGGCGCCGUGUGACGCGAGGCGGCGGGCCCCGCGCCCGCGCCCCCGCUCGCGCCCCCCCUGGCGCCCCCGCUGGCGCCCUCGUUGGCGCCCCCGCUCGCGCCCACCGUUGCGCCCUCGGCGCCCUCCGCGCGCUCCGCGAACCCCCUCUCAGACUACGGACCCGUCUAAUUCUCGAUUCUUCAACAAGGAACUUGCUAUCAAUGAAAUCGACGCGGAUAACCUCUGAUUAUGAAUUGUGAAAGCAAUAAGUGAAUACAUUCGUUUUCGUGCGUUCACGUAAUAUGAAUGUGAGCUGAAAAUGAUAUGAAACUGCAAGAUUUCUGAUAUAUAUCGAACAAUAGGAAAAUCUUAAAAUAUAAAAUGGAAGCGCACCAUCUUAUCCUCAUAAGGUGAAACCCUCACGACCAAUGAUACUUUGUAUGUAGCUGGCUUUUAAUGGACUAUACCACCCCUAUUUCGGUGUUAUUAAGCUGGCUUCUACUCUUCCUGCUUUGAUAAAUAAAUCACGAGAAAUAAAAUAGUUUCCCUCAAAGAAUCCAGUGAAAUGUGAAUACGAACAAUAUACGGGUCCCCAAUGUGCCAUUCGCGGCUCGCGCAGACAUUCUCUCGACGACCAUGUGAUACGUACGGACGUGCGACUCGUUGUGUGAUUGUGCGUCGCGCUUUGUCUAGUCUUAGCAUGUAAAACGCGCGGCGAUGAACGUAUAUACGUAAUAGUUUAAGGACGGCAGUGAUGCUACGAACGACUAUGCGACUUUUUGUCGCAUCUGCGACUAUUUUGUCGCCCAUCAAUGUGUUUAUAAACAGAUUUUCGUACGUGUGAUUCCAUUUAAUAACUGCUUACUGAUACCUUUUUGUACAAAUAUAUAGAGAUAUAAAUUCUUAACUAGCAUAUGUGUUGUGUAGUAAAACUGUGAAAAUGAGAUUAUGUAACACGGGAUAUAACCGCUAAAAUAGUUAAAUAACGGAAGCAGAUAUUAAGUGGAAUUACAUGACGCGCUGGAUUAGUUCAUUAUACAGAAGUGUUUUAUAGUUGUUUUUUAAGCGAACCGAUAACAAUGUUAUUACAAAAACUUUUGAUAAGACGUAGAUCUGAAUAAACCGGCUGAUUAAAAGUUUCUGUAAGCAACUUCAUGGACUGUUUGUCACUGCCGACAAUAAUGUACUCGUGUUUUUGAAGAUCGCCCAUGCCAUCUCGCUCUAACCUAUUUGUAUCUAAGCGUUACAGUGAGAAGGCGAUACUUCACUACACGCGUCUACUGAUGUAUGAGACUAAUUUACUUAUACGGUUUAAUAUCUGGGUAUAUGUAUGUAAUAAUAAUAAUUAUGUUAGCUAUAAGAUUGUAAAAUUGUACGUAAUAAUAUAUUGUAUCUAUGAUUGUGGUAUACGUAAUAAUUUAAAAUUAAAUAUUUCUAUUCAUCUUGGAUGUAAUUUAAGUAGGUAGUUCUUGGAUACCAAACGUUUACUUGGAACGGCCGAUAGAUGGCACCGUUUUCAAUACGUGGCGCCAUCUGUUGGCGAGUAGUUUAAAUUUUCACACUGCCAUCUAUUGUACAAUAGUAAGACUUUUUCCCUAUUUGCUACUUUUCUAUUGUAAAAAAAACAAAGUGCAAUAGUUUCGAUGUCAAUUGAAUGGAAAUAAUUUUAGUGUAUGUACACACCACAGGUACACACGGACACCGCAGCCUAAGAGAAAGAAGAAUGUAAUUUAUUUUAUAUCCUAAC